AUGCCCGAUGGUGUGCGCAGCCCCCCUGCGACCUUUGGCAAGAGCAAGCGCAGGAACAAGGUUCCCGAGGUCCGCGACGCUUACAAAGAAGCUGCUCCAUCGUCUAAGUGGUUCUUCGACGAGGACCGCGGCUGCAUCAUGAUUGGCUGGGGGGCCGUGUUCCGCAUCUGCCCCAACCCGGGCAACUCGCCCUCUGACCACAACUGCGCUGACAACAUCGCGGCGCUCACCAGGGCGAGACGCAGCUGCGUGAACUGCGGAGCAGAGUUGCACCCGAGCUCCAAGUCUUUUUCUUUUUAUCCACCCUCCGAGUUCCAGCGCGCCCCGCGACGCAUCCUUGAGUCGGCUGCCUCCAAGCCCCCCCUCGAACUCGCGGCCGCGAAGCUGGACUUCGGAACAGGUCAUCUCCUCGACGCGUGGAACUCCACGUGGGCCAUCCGCGAAUGUGCACGCGAAGUCCGCGACCAGGCGCGGCGCCUCGCCUGCGUCGACGCCGAGGGCCAACUAGAUGGCCUGCAUCGGUUCAGCUUCGCCGCGCGGAAUUUCGGCGUCGGCAGCCGGGGAAACGCCUUGCGGCCCCUCGCGCCGGAGCACAACGCUGCCAUCCGGUCGCCCCGCCCCAUUCCCGCGGUGCUCAAUGGUCAAGCGCCCUUCAAGGGCGCGAAUGACGCGCUCCAGGCAGUCGCCACGGUCAACGACGCCCCCCGGCGCGCUUGGUGGGCCUCUUCUGGCGCACUGCAGGGCCGCGCGCUCAGCGACGUCGCGAUUGCCGCCGAGAAGGUCGCCUCGCCAGUGCUCGAGCCCCCCGGGCGCGAGCUCGCGCCCCGACGCGGCCCUGAUUCUGAAGUCGCGCGCGAAGCAGUCCGCGCGGAGCUCCGCGAGCUUGCCCCCUUCAUCGAGAAGAUCCAGAUCGCAGGCUCGCCGAUGCACCUCGGCCUCGUCCUGGGCCCCGAUGAACUCGCAGUUCUUGCUCGGUCGUUCCGCCUCCCGCUCGGGGCGUUCGGCAAGCCGACCUGGUGCCGGCUCAGAGCACUUGCUGAAGAGGCGCUGGCGGGCCAGAGCGCUGGAAAGGGCCUGCCGCGUGCCAGUGCUCGCAGGGCCAGGGCAGCUCUUGCCCCUUUUCCCAAGCCGGCCAAGUCCUUCCCCGACGCGCGCGCGAGGGCGGCGCUUCCCGAGUGCCCGCGGGACGCCGGGCGCACGUCUGCAGGCGCCUCCGCGGCUGCUCCGCCGCCCGGGCGGGCCUUCGCCGACGCCGAGAGACAGCGGCAGCGCCGACACCUCCGAGACGCGGCGCCAGACCAUGCCGGCCAGGAGCCGGCCCAACCCGACGAGGCGCGCGCCCCCGACCUCGAGGCACCUUCACGAGCUCCCGCCGAGCGCGCAAACCCCAGCCCGCGUCGCGGCAGCCCGUCGCCAGCCAUCGACGAAAGCGGCUCAGACGACAACUUUCUCGCCAGGCCGGAGGCCGAGCGCGACGCCCGCGAGCUCCUCGAGGGUGCUCGGUUGCGCGUCGCCGAGCAGCGGAUCCCGCGCUGCCUCUCCCAAGACGAGCGCGUCUCCCCGUGCGCUUUCUGGCCCUCGCGGCGGGCCCAGUUCGUGCAGCGCCAGCGUCUGCUCCCCGACCUCGACCGCGUCUCCCUGCGCGACGCAGGCGACGAGCGCCAGCAGUCCGAGAACGACUGGCGCUGGGCCAAGCUCCUGGCCGACGACAUGGAAGCCACCGCUUCCGACAUCCUCGAAGCGAUGGACAUCCCCGCCGAGGACUCCUCGCUCCAGCCGCUGGACGGCCUCCACGACGCCGUCCCGCUCGGCGAGGCGGUCUUCCAGGACGGCGCAAUCGCAGCCGCAGGGGGGCGGUCUGCGCAAGCGCCCAAGAAGCGCUGCCUCGCCUGGCGGGAGCUGCGAGUGGGCCCCGGAGGCGGUGCCUCGGAGCUGCCCUGGAGCGGCGCGCGAGCCUCGGAGGCGCUGCCCAGGCCGGCGGGAGCUCCACACGUGGCAACGCACGCGUUCGGGGCGGGGGCGGGCGAGCCUUGCCACCAGAGCCGAGAGCUGGAGCUCCCCGAUGCGCGCCGAGCGGGUGCCCCGAAUGGGGGCGGGGACGGUAUAGUGUCGGCAGCGGGCGGCGCCAUGCCGGGCACGAGCGAGUUGCAGAGUGCGUUGCAGAGACGCCAGGAGCGCUGCGAGAAGGAUGGCUCCGUCUUCGAGAACAAGGCGAUAGUGUCGUCCUCGGACGUCGCAUGGUGCGACCACACGGCCAACCAGUUCACGCCGCGGGACGUGAGGGACAAGCGUGGUUCGCCCUGCGGUUGCCUCUCAGGCGUCGGGAGCAGGAGUCCCCUCGAUGCCGCCCUCCUGCGCAGCACGGCCGUCCAGGCCCGCAGCGAGGAGACGCAAGGCUCGGCUGGGGGUCGCCAGGUGUGUCAGCAGGUGGAGACGCAGGCGAGCGAGGGCAGGCUGAGCAGCUUGUUGGGCCGCUCGCAGCUGCGCCGGGAUCGGACGGCGGUGCCGAUCGACGGGGUGCGUUACAUGCUCCAGAGGAUUAAGCGCGACUGCCCGUUCAGCUACCUCGGGAAGGAGGGCAGCUCCUCGCGGGUGCACUCGGGUACGGCCUCGGCCGCAUACGAGCCAGAUGGAAUGACAGUGAGGAGUCUGUACGAGACCAUCGUCGCGAAAGGCUCCUGCCCCGCUUUAGACGACAUCCUCCUCGGACGCGAUCUGGGGCAGUCCGCCAAGCACCUGGUCGUGCGAGAGUCCGCCAUGGCCAAACCACUGGCCGACGACCCCUGGGGCUCUGUCGCGAUCUCCCCAGCAGCUGCCACGGUGGGAGCGACCGCCGUUGAGCAGGUUCCUUGGACCUAUAAGCCAGUACCCCUGGCCCCCCUGGACGGCGGGUGCACUCACCAGGGCGGAGCCCAGGGCGGAGGCAGCCUCGGCGACGCCCACGGCGCGGCAAAGGCCGGCGUCAGCACCGCCGCCCACAAGGUCGCCCGCCUCCACGACCGUCGCUCCGCGGCCCGGCCGUCCGCCCUCGGGGCCGAGCCCGGGCCCGCCGGGGCAAGCGCGCGGCCCGCCCGGGCCGACGCGCUGCCCGGCAUCGCAGGCCUCGCCCCUCCGCCCGCGCCCCCGCCCAACCAGGAAGGCACCAAGGUGGCGGCCAUGAGCCACGCAAAGAGGGCGCGCGGGCAUGGGCGCCAGCGGCCUCGCACCCGCGACGUUGACGAGCAGUGCAGCGAGCGCAGCACGUGCACGACCAUCGAGCAGCGCCCUGGCACCUCGACGCUGGGCAACGCGGUGGAGAUGGGCGCCGCAGCGUCAAGCAGCGCGACGGGAUCCAGCGCCAAUAGCUUCGCAAUCACGAGCGAGACGAGCAGUGCAACGAGCGUCGCGUCUUUCGGCAGUUUGUCCGGGACCAGCACCUCGAUGCUGAUCGGCACGGCGGGGCCAGGCAUCGCGACGGCGCGCGUCAAGACGGGGGCCGACAUCAGCAGCCUCGCAAUUACAAGUGAGACGAGCCAGCACAAGGACCCUCUGCGCAGCGCCUCCGGGGCCAGCUCCACGACGCCGCGCAGCGCGACGACGUCGAGCACUGCGACGUUGAGCAGCGCGACAGGGCCCAGCCCCAGCAGCCUCGCACCUACGAGCGAGACGAGAAGCGCAUCGAACACCACGCGUCCCAGCGGCACGUCCGCGACCAGCACCUCGACACUGAGCAGCGCGACGGCGCUCAGCACCGCGGCGCUGAACAGCGCGACGCGGCCCAGCACCAGCGGCCGCGCAUUUGCGAGCGAGACGAGCAGCAGCGCAGCGAAGACCGCGUCUCUUAGCGGCGCGUCUGGGAGCGGCACCGCGGUUGCGAGCAGCGCGACGGAGUCAGGAGCGGAGGUGGGGCCCGAGGCGGGGCCGGCACGGCAGCGCGACCUCCCCGGGCGACAUCGUGGCGCGCGCUGCGACGCGCUCGCGCGCCAGGAGAGCCGAGAGCAGUUCCUGCCCGAGCACGUGGUGACGAUCGACCACAGCCUCUACGAUGCGCCGACCCGCGGGGGGCCCAGCGGUCCCGGCGGCAUCAUGGACAACUGCUUCGUGCAGUUCCAGCAGGGCAACCCCAAGCGCCGCCGGCCCGUCCGGCGCGUGCGGCGCGGCGAGAGCGCGGGCCUGGACUUCGACAGCGGGCAAGCGUGUCCGCUCUGCAUGACCGACUCGGGGACGGAGCUCACCGGCUGCCCCUUCAGCUGCGUGCUGUGCCCAAGCUGUAUACGCGCAGGCCUCCGCUGCGUGGCUGGCGACGCCACCCAGAAGGACCGGCUGGUCUGCGGCCACCUCAGCAGCGACCUGUCCGAGUGCAUCAUGAACCUCGCGGUGAAGGCGGACGAGCAGCUCCAGAACAUGGGCCACCUGACUGACCCGAACGAGAUCAGGGAGUUCGAAGCCGAGGUCGAUGCAACCGUUGAAGCGUUCCAGGUCAGGAAGCCGUUUCCGCAGAGCCUCUACGCACAGAAGAUCAGCGAGUGGUUGACCAAGCUACAGAACAAGGAGCUCGAGCAUCUGUAUUACGCUUGCAGCCACCCGAACUGCGGCAUCGAGAACUGGAUACUGCGGUCCGACUUCAUCGACGAGCGGGUGCGCAACGGCGGCUGCACCUGGACGUGCGGCCAGGGCCACAGGAACUCGGUCCUGCCGUCCCAGGAGGAGAUCUGCGAGAUCAACAGGAACAUCCUCCUGCACCCGGAGUACUACACCGACAGUUGCGGGCACGACCGCAUGCGGCUGCGGCGGUACCGUCUCUGCCCCGAGUGCGUGCAGGCGGGGCUGCUGACCUUCGCCGUGCACGACGAAGGCUGCAAGCAGUGGCCGGGCACCGCCAGCCAGCACACCCACUGCUUCUGCUUCCACUGCACCAGGCAGUGGGGCGGCCACGACGGCGGCUCAGGCAGGUGCAGCCACAGCCAGCAGUGCGGCGACCCUGGGAUACAGCAGGUGCGCAGGAUACUCUCGCCAAGCGGGGAGGAGAAGCUGGAGAUCGGCUUCGUGAACCCGCAGGAUUACAUCGGCUGGAUCGUCAACGGUACCCCUUGCCCGCCGACGCGGCUUUGA